UGGUUGGUCAGUGUUACUAAAAGAAAAUUCUAGAACUGUGGUAUUAAUCACGUGCCAAUCAACAUUUAACUAAUAAGUGCAAACCAAAUGAGUAUAAACAUAAGCAAAACAAAACUAAACUUUUGCGUCAGACCUUUGAUGAAGACCUCUUAAUGGCGAAUCUCAUAAGGAACAACAGUUUAUCAUGCAUACUCAGCGGGGUGGUCUCCCAGCAGCCGUCACUCUUCGAUGCAGUGACAGGUCUACUCCGUGAUACAAACAACUUGUACCUUGGGGAGCCUCCUGACGCUGAAGAGCUUUUCUCGGAGUACGAUUUCGUCAUCAUAGGAGCUGGAACUGCUGGAUGUGUGCUUAGCAAUCGACUUACAGAAGUAGAAGACUUCAAGGUCCUUCUUAUAGAAGCAGGCGGCAGCGAGCAGCUAUUCAUGGAUAUUCCUGUGAUGGCCACGAUGUUACAAUUCACCGACGCCAAUUGGGACUAUCGAACAGAGCCACAGAGAGCUGGCUGCAUGGGCAUGCGUGACGGCCGGUGCUCCUGGCCCCGAGGCCGCGUGGUGGGAGGCUCCUCGGUCCUGCACUCCAUGAUGCACACCAGGGGCAACAGGAAAGACUACGACCGGUGGGCGGCGAAUGGCAACCCAGGAUGGGACUACGCUUCAAUUCUAAAAUACUUCAAGAAAUCUGAAAACAUUCAAAUACCAGAACUAAGAAAGGAUAAAGUGUACCAUUCAACAAAGGGAGAAAUGACCCUUCAGUACCCCAGUUGGAGGACUCGACUCUCAGACGCGUUCCUGCAAGCGGGCGUCGAGACUGGCGGGAGAAUCGUGGACUACAACGGUGAAAAACAAAUCGGAUAUUCCAUCAUACAAUUUACGAUGAACAAUGGAACACGCAUGAGUGCAAGUCGGGCUUUCCUUCACCCCAUAAAAUAUAGAAAAAACUUCCACGUUGCCAAAAAUGCUAUGGUGACGCGUAUUUUGAUUGAUCCUUGGACUAAGCGAGCAUACGGUGUAGAAUUUCGCAAAGGAGGUCGCCGGUACAUCGUGAAGGCGUCGCGAGAAAUAAUUCUAUCAGCUGGUGCCAUCAACUCUCCUCAAAUAUUAAUGAUCAGCGGAAUAGGCCCCAAACAGCACUUGACGGAGAUGAACAUCACGACAGUUGUCGAUUUACCCGUAGGAUAUAAUCUCCAAGACCACUGGGCAUUGGGCGGUCUGACUUUUGUGAUAAAUACAACGGAUUCUAUUAGAUCCGAACGCGUGGCUACAUUUAGCAAUAUUCUAGAAUAUUUCAGUCAUCACACCGGGCCGUUGUCAGCGCCGAGCGGAACCGAAGCCAUCGCUUUUAUCGACACGAACAACCCGAACGAUCUCGAUGGCUAUCCUGACUUGGAACUGCUGUUCGUAGCAGGCUCAUUGGUUAGCCAACCGUCGUACAAACAAGCCUUCGCUAUUGAUGAUCGUAUCUACGACAAAGUUUACGGGCCAAUUCAAGAUCGCGACACGUGGAUGGUGUUCCCGAUGCUUCUUCUCCCGGAAUCAAAAGGUCGGAUAAUGUUGAAGAAUAAAAACCCUUACACAAAGCCGCUCAUCUACGCAAACUACUUUUCAGAUGGAGGACACGACCAAAAGGUUAUAUUACAUGGUAUAAGAAAAAUAAUUCAGCUAUCGAAGACUAAAGCGUUUCAAAAGUUUGGGAGCAGAUUGCACGAUAUUCCGUUGCCGAAUUGUGCGCAUCACAAGUUUAACUCGGACUCGUAUUGGUACUGCGCAAUGAAGACUAUAACGAAUACGAUUUAUCAUCAUUGUUGUACGGCUAAGAUGGGCCCGAGGGAGGACCCUGGGGCUGUUGUGGAUGCUAGACUGAAGGUGUACGGCAUUAAAGGGCUGAGGGUAGUGGACGCGAGCAUUAUGCCGCACGUUCCCGCGGCGCACACCAACGCCCCGACUUUGAUGAUUGCUGAGAAGGCAGCUGAUAUGAUCAAGGAGGACUGGGGUAUACGUAUCAAGCCGCUUUAAUUGGCUUACUUUGUCAUAUUUACAAAAAUCCCAGUCUAGGCGAAGAACUGACUUUUAUAAUUGAUCAAUUUUAUAUACCUAUUUAUUUGUGACAUAUACGUUAACGUUUCCUUACUUUAUUAUUAUAUUACAUAAAUAAAUACAAUGAUUGAUAUACAUAUACAUAUCUACGUUGUAAUGCGUAUGUGCCUGUAAUUUCAUUGCAUUGAGUGCCAUUCUUAGUAUGAGCACAUAAAAACUUAAACUAUCAUUUAUUAUUUGGUCCUUGGAUUUUAUCUUUGUACCAAUGGACUAGGAUUUAUUUAUUUAUAAUUUAUUUUAAUAUAGCAUCUUUCAAUUUACUUACAUGACGUGAACAGUAAAUAUAACUUUUUUUAAGGCAGGUUGUAAAUAAAUCCACAGUAAAUAGCACUAUUUAUUAAAAGUAUACAUUUCUUAGAGGAUAUUAAUUUCUGCCCAAUUGCGAAGUUAUCUGCUAGGUUUUGAACUUGACAACGAACAUGACUUUGUCUUAUACAUAUUAUAUUACGCAGGUUUUCUUGUUCAAUAAUAAAGUU